AUGGCCGACAUAGACGAGAUGAAUAUCGGCGAAGACGGCGGCUACGAAUACGACACGACAAAAAUACCGGAGAUAAUAACGGAUGACAUGAACGAGUCUGGGUACCAGGAGGGGUCGGAGAAGAGUUACGGAGACCGGCGGGAUUCGAAGGAAGGGUAUGGGGGGGAAGGGGAUUCUGAUAGUGGCGUUGACGGGGUCAGCAGUGGAUGUAGUACAGUUGACGACUGUCCGGUAGUGUCCAUCAAUGACGUGGUCGCGUACUACGACAUCAGACCCAGACGGCGGUAUGUUCCCCAACUCAAUUUCUACCAUCUCGACAUCGAGAGGAUGGCUAUGGACGCUUCAAUUAAAAUUCAACGUUAA